GGACCGAUCGGACUAGGGCUCGGCUCGGCACGGCCCGGAUCAGAUCGCACCGGUUCGACCCGGCCCGGGCCGCCCUGCGCUGCGGAGGUGGGAAGGCAGCAGUAGCUCACUAUGGCCCUGGCAGACAACACGGGCUGUGCCAAACCCAGCGAGGACUUCCCCUUCCCCGAGAUCAUUGAACUCAAUGUGGGUGGACAAGUGUACAUCACCCGCCACCCCACCCUGGUCAGCGUGCCCGGCUCGCUCCUCUGGGAGAUGUUCACCCAGAAGAACGUCCGCUCGCUGGCCCGGGACAGCAAGGGACGGUUCUUUGUGGAUCGGGAUGGGUUCCUCUUCCGCUACAUCUUGGAUUACAUGAGGGACCAGCAGCUGGUGCUGCCCGACCACUUCCCCGAGAGGAGCCGUCUGCAGCGAGAGGCAGAGUACUUCAUGCUGCCGGAGCUCGUGAAGAUGCUGGCCCCCAAGCUCAGCAAGCAGAACUCACUGGGAGAUGACCCAUGCCAAAGCGACCCCGAGGAGCUCUCCCCUAGCGCGGAUGCCACCCGCACCCUGACCUCUGCCAGCACCACGCUCCCCACCGCUGUGCCUGGUGGCCCCGGGGGUGCCGUCACCACCGGCGCGGGUGCUGCCAGCAGCGAUGUGCGCAGGGCAGGUUUUAUCACCAUCGGCUACCGGGGCUCCUACACCCUGGGCAGGGACAGCCAGACGGAUGCCAAGUUCCGCAGGGUGGCUCGGAUCAUGGUCUGCGGCAAGACCUCGCUGGCCAAGGAGGUCUUUGGGGAUACCUUGAAUGAGAGCAGGGACCCAGACCGGCCCCCGGAGAGGUACACGUCCCGCUACUACCUCAAAUUCACCUUCCUGGAGCAAGCCUUUGAUAAACUGGCUGAUGCUGGCUUCCACAUGGUGGCUUGCAACUCCACAGGCACCUGUGCCUUCGCCCAUGACCAGACAGAUGACAGGAUCUGGACCUCUUACACCGAAUAUGUUUUCUAUCGUGAGUGACACUGAAAAAACCCAACCCCACACACAUCAAGCACCAACUCUCCCUUUCCUCUCCUGUUUCCUAGAAGGUAGACAUCCAGCCCUGAAUCCCAGUGUCCUUUUGAGUUUGUUCUUGGGUUUUUCCCCUCCUCCUUCCUCCACGUUGAACCUGUCCAGCUCUCCCUUGUAGCCGUCAACCAUCAGCCUUCUUCCCUCUCUCCGACUUCUGCAGUAGCCGCCUGUAGCUCCCAACCCUCCCUGGAUGUGUGGACUUGGACACUGUUAUGUACUUGUCUUGGGUGGGAGGGGGGCAUACACCAGACUGUGCUCUGGGAUGGGAUACCUGCAGCUGGAUGAGCUUGUCCGUGUUGGACACUGAACUUGGCUCUCAUGCCCUGUGCGCCAGGAACAUGCUGCGUACACUGUAUGUGAUCUCCCGAGGGGUUCAAGGGAGAAAACGCUGGGUUAAGGACAUGCAAAAAGGUGGGAAGCAGCGAGGAGGGUGGGAGGGAGGGGGGUGGAUGGAAAGAUGCAGCCUCGCAGCAUGGAUAUAUUGCCAUUAGCCCAUGUAAGCAGCUUAGUGUUUAGACUUUCAGUGCUGGGGAAGGUUAGAUAAAGGCUCACCCUGUGUUUGCAGUUGGGAUUUGGAGUAUCGCUGCUGCUCUGGGAUGCCUUGGGGGGGUGUUUUGGGGGUGGGAGAGGGUGGAUAGACAGAUGCUCUGUUCAUGUAUAUGUGGAGGGAGGUGGGGGGAGUGGGGAGGGCUUUACACGCUGUAGGGUGUAAAUUGCUUAUACUUUGGAUGGUCUGUCAGAAAAAGUCCCUUCAUCUUUCCUUUGGAGUACAAUAGUGAUGUGAGGGACGGGGCUGGAUUGCUCUGGUGAGCAGCAGCCAUGACUUCACAGAUUAAAGGGAGUCUUUGCCCAAC